GCAUCUCUCCAUCUCUACUUAAAUGGAUCUGAGCCGUGUGACCCAACGCACUUGUAAUUCACCAUGUCCCGCGCCAUGUCCCAUCCCCUCCUCCACACUCUCCAAUCUUCUCUUUCGGGGCACGAUUUCUCGCUCCCACACUUACUUCUCCUUCUCUCGGGCAUUUUCGCAAUCAGCUGCUGGGCAUGGCGUCGUUCCGCCGAGAAGAAAAGCUCGCCAUCCCUGCCGCCGGGACCUGCGGGCCUCCCCCUCGUCGGAAACCUACCCUUCCUCGAUCCGGAGCUCCACACCUACUUCACUGCCCUCGCAAGGAAGUAUGGCCCGGUCCUGAAGCUCCAGCUCGGCAAGAAGCUCAGUGUCAUCGUGACGUCACCGGCCACCGCCCGCGAGGUGCUGAAGGAUAAUGACAUCAUGUUCGCCAACCGCGACGUGCCCGCCGCCGCGAGGGCCGCGACGUAUGGCGGCUGCAGCCUCGUGUGGACCCCGUACGGGCCUAAGUGGAGGAUGCUGCGGAAGGUGUGCGCGCUCAGGUUGCUGAGCAACCAGAAGCUGGACUCCGUCUAUGAUCGCCGGCGGAGGGAGGUCCGAAAGACCGUCAGGUACUUGAAGAUCCGGGCCGGGUCACCAGUUAACGUUGGGGAGCAGAUGUUCUUGACCGUGCUCAACGUGAUCACGAGCAUGUUGUGGGGUGGGACGGUGCAGGGCGAGGAGAGAGAGCGCCUGGGUGCUGAUUUCCGGCAGGUGGUGUCAGAUAUCACAGAUCUUCUUGGCAAACCGAACAUUUCGGACUUUUAUCCGGGUUUAGCCCAAUUCGAUUUGCAGGGGAUAGAGAGGCAGAUGAUUGGAUUGGCAAAACGGUUCGAUAGAAUUUUUGAGCAGAUGAUUGAAAAAAAAUUGAAGAUGGAGGGAGAAGGCGGAAAGGGGUCCUUGGACGGUGGCGAGAAGAGCAAAGAUUUCUUGCAGUUUCUAUUGGAGUUGAAGGAUGAGGAAGAUGCCAAGACUCCUCUAACAAUGACUGGCCUCAAAGCUCUGCUCAUGGACAUGGUGGUUGGCGGAACUGACACAUCCUCCAACACAAUUGAGUUUGCCAUGGCUGAGAUCAUGAACAAACCUGGCAUUCUAAGCAAAAUCCAACAAGAAUUGGAAGCUGUGGUCGGCAAGGACAACAUAGUAGAAGAGUCCCACAUUCGUAGACUGCCCUACUUACAUGCUGUCAUGAAAGAGACGCUGAGACUGCACCCGGCAACUCCCCUGCUGGUCCCGCAUUGCCCGAGCGCAGACUGUACCGUCGGAGGCUACAUGAUCCCGAAGGGCUCUCGGGUUUUCAUCAACGCGUGGGCGAUACAUAGGGACCCUUCCAUAUGGAGCAACCCGCUAGAAUUCUGUCCCGAGAGGUUCCUGGAUAGCAAAGUCGAUUACGGUGGGAACGACUUCAAUUACAUGCCCUUUGGGGCUGGGAGAAGAAUAUGCGUGGGGAUAGCGAUGGCCGAGAGGAUGGUGCUACACUCGCUCGCCACCCUCUUCCAUUCAUUCGACUGGAAGCUGCCCGAGGGAGAGAAGAUGGACCUGACGGAGCAAUUUGGGAUCGUCCUGAAGAAGAAAAAGCCUCUUGUGGCUAUUCCUUCGCUGAGAUCCUCUGAUCCUCAUUUUUAUGAAUGAGUUAUUAUGUGGGUGUACCAUAUGCGCCGGUGCUUCUUGGUGUGGUUCCUCAGUAUAAUCUUACUUGCAUAGAAUGAGGGAAAAAACUGAUUUGCAUAUCUUUGUAUGGUUUAUUAAACUCCUAUCCAUUUCAUUUGGGUAAUCAAGUUUAAA